AUGGGCUAUAAUACCGAAAACACAGAAUGGCCGACUUUUGAGAUUAACUCGACCGUCAAAGAGCUUAUCGACCGCUUCUUCUGGCAACUAGACCAGAAAGAUCAGGAUUCAGGACACAUUCUGGCAGACAAGGUCUUUGCAACGACUGGAAAAGCAGAGUUUGGGGGCCACGUAUUCAUAGGACCAGACGAGCUUCGCAAGUCGAGGGACAAUGCAUGGAAAGUUGUCACCAAGCGCCGCCACGAGAUCCUGAAGGUCUUUGCGGCCGAUCUCGAUGGCAGUGACUUGCUCUUCAUCGGGCAUGUGGCGAUAGACCUCAAUAACGGGAAGAUUGUGGCUGGAGAGUUUGCUGGGAGGCUGCGCAUCGAAAAUGCAACUUCGUCGCAGCCGAGGCUCCUUCUCUACCAAUCGUGGGCGGACUCUGCACCGUUUGUCAAGGCGCUUCAAGGAAACUAG